AGAUGGCUGCCGCGUGACAAUCGGUGAGCUGCCUAAAAAACUCCAACGAAGAAGAAAAGGGCGGAAGUUUGUAAUAGAAUUGGCGACAAUACACAAACGUGUCAGUUGUGUGCUCUUGGUCCCUAAAAGAGGAUAUUAAAUCGUUGAAAGAGUUGAUAUACCUGUCGGGGGAAAAAAAACAAUGGCGUCGUCCCAGGAGCAUGUUCGUCGAGCGUGGGGAGAGAAUGAGCGGCAGCACGACGACACUUUCUUGGCUCCAAUCGUUUUGCACAUUCAAGACAUCCAUCAGCUGAUUGCUCGCCAAGAGGAACUUCCCCCUCACCCGCAGGAAAGGGGAUCCAGUGUGGAAAAUCCACAGCCCUGCCACAUUAAAGAGGAAGAGGCGGAGGUGGACGUCAGCGAGUUUCCCCUAACUGUCGUCGUUGUGAAGAACGAACAUGACCACGAUGACCCAUCUGAGUGGUCGGAGCUUCAUCGUCACAGUCCAAGUGGAGACCACCGUGGACCACCACCAAUACCCAAACUCUUAGCUCCACUGUCACAUAGUCACAGCACAGAAAAACCAUUAAAGAGCGAUGCAGGGUGUAAAGGUGAUGAGAAACACUCAAAAAAGGAUCUUGUCAAAAAAACAUCUCACGCAUUUACGAGAAGUCAUAGACCAAAAGAAUCUUUAAUGUGCUCAGUUUGUGGUCGAAGAGUCGUGAAAAAGUCAGACAUGGCGGUACACAUGAGGACGCACACGGGUGAAAAAACAUUUAGUUGUUCAGUUUGUGGCGAUAAAUUCCGCCACAAGGUCUCUUUGGUUGCUCACACUGCAACACACACGGGAGAAAAACUUUUCACUUGCCCCUUUUGUAAUAAAAGCUUUUCUUAUAAGCACCGCUGGAAAGCGCACGUACAAACACACACGGGAGAAAAACCUUUCAGUUGCUCAAUUUGCAAUGAAAGCUUUUCGUAUAAGUACGAUUUGACGAGACACGUGAGGACACACACGAGAGAGAAACGCUUUAGUUGUUCAGUUUGUGGUGAAAGCUUUGCACAAAAGGCCAACUUGAUUGCGCACAGCAUAACGCAUUUAGAAAAUCCUUUUACUUGCUCAGUUUGUAGUAAAAGUUUUGCGGUGAAAGACAACAUGAGUCGACACAUGAGAACGCACACUGGAGAAAAGCCUUAUUGUUGCUCAGUUUGUGGGGAAAAAUUUGCUCACAAGGCCUCUUUGACUGCACACAUGUCAACACACACGGGAGAAAAACCAUACAAGUGCUCAACUUGUGGCAAGAGCUUUUCCUAUAAGCAGAAUUUGAACGCUCACAUGCGGAGACACAAUGGGAAAUGAAAUUUUAUCUGGGCUAAAACAUGCAGCCCGCUCCCUAUUUCCCAUUUGAGGCCAUUCAGCUUUUGAAAGUUAUGAUUUUGAAAUGCAGUAUAUGGGUCAUUUUCAUGUAAUUGGAUUUAUAACAAAAAAGACAUACCCCACUGAUUUUCAUUUUAAAAAUGAAUUAAUUUUACUAUGUGUAUUUGAAUGAUUGACAUUUGUUGGAUGUUAACUAAUGUUUUAGUAGUUAUUAUGAAAAACAAGUUCGAAAGUGGUGGCACAGUGGAGCAGCUGGUAACGCAUUGGUCUCACAGUUCUGAGGACACUGGUUCGAUCCCGGCACCGCCUGUGUGGAGUUUUCAUGUUCUCCCCGUGCCUGCGUGGGUUUUCUCUGGGCACUGCGGUUUCCUCCCACAUCCCAAAACCAUGCAACAUGAAUUGGACACUCUAAAUUGUUCCUCGGUGUGAUUGUGAGUGCGACUGCUGACAGUUUCCAUGUGCCCUGCGAUUGGCUGGCAACCAGUUCAGGUGUACCCCGCCUCCUGCUCAUUGAUAGCUGGGAUAGGCUGCAGCACUCCCUGCGACCCUCGUGAGGAUAAGCAGCAAGGAAAAUGAAUGGAUGGAUGGAAGUUCUAAAGUAUUAGUUGUCACUCUUUUAAUAUUCAAGCGUCUCUAAUCGUGAAUGAAUAUUUUUCCUUUAUAGCAUGUUGUCUGAAGGUGCCAAUUACAUUUUGGUAUGUACAGUAUAAGAUUUAUCUCCUGUUAACUUCCACAAAUGCAUCUUGGUGUCUCUGUCAGACUAAUCUUCCUCAUCUUUAUUGGCCAAGAAUUUGUCUCUGGUAUUCGCAGCCACUGUCGUACGACAACACACAUCCACGAUGACAAAUAUAGAUUUAGGGUGGAGAACCUUUGAGCAAUGAAAGGGUAAACUAAUGUAGUAAUCGUCAUAUGUAAAAAUAACAGUAAAAUGAUGUCCUAAAGUCCUCAAGCAAUUGACCGGUCCGUAUAGAGCACUUAACCACGCCUCCUGAAGUGACGUCACGCCACGUGCGCUGACGUAAGACAAACAGUAAAAAUGGCAAAUACAAUACAAUACAUUCUGAACUGAGACAGACUCCAUGCUUCUGAUUUCAUUCAAAUCAACGAUAUAUUAUAGAUUCUAAAUACAAUACAUUCUUAACUGAGAGAGACGCCAUGCUUCUGAUUUCAUUAAAUCUUUCACAUGUAGCAAUGUUAUGCUAGCGGAGAACGUCUCAUGCAUUUAUACGAGACGUGUAUUAAAAAUCAAAUUUAGGGCAUAUCUUCGUGCAAACACAGUCUGGUUAAGCUUCGGCCGCGAACCAGCAAGAAAUCACUAUGUUUGUGCAGAGUCCGAUAAUCGCUAAAUAUCGCUCAACAAAGAAUAAGUGUGUCAAUCGUUCACACUUAGCGGUGUUAUGCUAGCGGAGAACGUCUCAUUCAUUUAUACGAGACGUGUAUUAAAAAUCAAAUUUAGGGCAUAUCUUCGUGCAAACAGUCUGGUGAAGCUUCGGCCGCGAGCCUGCACAAACUCAAUGUUUGUGCAGUCCGAUCAUCGCUAAAUAUCGCUCAACAAAGAAUAAGUGUGUCAAUCGUUCACACGUAGCGGUGUUAUGCUAGUGGAGAACAUCUCAUUCAUUUAUAUGAGACGUGUAUUAAAAAUCUAAUUUAGGGCAUAUCUUCGUGCAAACACAGUCUGGUUUAGCUUCGGUCGGGAGCCAGCAAGAAAUCAAUACGUUUGUGCUGGCCGAUCAUCGCUAAAUAUCGCUCAACAAAGAAUAAGUGUGUCAAUCGUUCACACUCAGCAGUGUUAUGCUGGCGAAGAAGUUCGAAUUCCUUUAUGCGAGACAUGUAUUGAAAAUCAAAUAUAGGGCAUACCUUCGUGCAAACAUAUGUGUUCCGGUUGAUAAUGCGGUCUUCCACAAAGUUUGAUCCAUCGAAGACAUUUUUCGUACUGGGUCUUCGGUUUUGGAAAGGGUACGAAUCGAACUCCACCAACUAGCCUUUCAGGAUACCUGUCGUCACUAUUACAAAGUCCGUGACUACACCUCUUCACCAUAUUUUUGUUAAAUAACCCAAAUAUGCGAUAAAACGCUAACUAAACCUAUACUGGACCAUGCAAUGUUGUCUGAGAAAAUGGCGGGAGCAAAAACGGGCUUUGGUUUAUGCAGAUCUCUGGCCUCUGAUUGGUCAGUGACGCGGAUUGUGCAAUAUCCACGGAGGGGUCAAUUGUAAGGCAAUCUUUAAGAGUUCCUUUGGCUAAUUUUUGUCACGUCCCAUCGGAACGAGAUGUAGGACCCAAAUGCAGGAACUCUGAAGACGCAAGGUAGUUCAAGAAGAGACACGUUUAUUGUAUGCAGAGGUCGGGGAUCGAGCAGGCAGUCCGGUGCAGCAGCGGUAGUUGGGACGUCAAGCGACGAGAACAGAUGAGCGGACAGGCAGGAGUCUGUACACGAGGAAACAACGUAGGCAGAAGUGUCAAGGAGUCAGGCUUACAGGGUUGGUCGGAGAACGGACGAAGGUCGGUACACACAGGUUCUGUCAGGAAUACGAGAGUGCAGGAACAGGACAUAAAGCUCAACGAACUGGCCGCGGACCAGUCGUCACCGGGUCCUAUAUAUACACAGGGGAUGAUCCGACCGCAUGAGUCGCAGGUGUGUGCCUCCCAAUUAGCGCAGCCGCGCGGGCACCCGCACAGCUCGUACCGAAGCGGCUGGAUCAUGACAAUUUUUGUUUUGUUUUGGUUUAACAAAUGGUGUUUCUUUGUUAUUAUGUUGUUUCAAUAUGUUAAAGAAAUCUAUGAGCUGAAGUGCCAGGAUGGACCAGCAAUUUUACAUUCACACACUAACAGACAGCAAAAUAGAUGGACUUAAAAUAGAUGGAUUUCUGAUCUAAUGUACUUUUGAAUUUGUGACAGUUUCCGCACAGUUGCACGUCAGCCAUUAG